UGUGUAUAUAUAUAUAUAUAUAUACCAUCCAAGUACAUAAAUAAUAAGGAUGGCUUAUUUUUUUAAAAGAUACCAGUGGAAAGAAAAUGUUUAAUCUACAAGAGAAGUGCAAAAGAGGGGCUUGUGGGCAUAGCAACCCUCAUGGAAGAACCAGAAAAAAAAAAAAAGAGAGACACCCAAAAGCAAAUAUACACACAGAAAUACUAAAAGCAUAAUGAAAUAGGUAGGCAGAAAGUGUAUCAUUUAAUUGUAUACAAAUACAGACUACCUUAAAAAUAAUUGUCGCAUUUGAUAUUUAGUUAAAUCAUUGUUUUCCUUUUAUUUUCCAUAUUUAAAGAAAAAAUGAUGCCCUUCCUCACAUCCUCUUAAUUAUGCUCUAUGGGCAGGAAAAUUAACUCCAGGUUUAGAUCUGACCCACAGGCUACAGAGUUUUAUUCCCACCCUCCAGAUUUUAGGCCCCAGGCCACCCAAAGACUCCAUUCACAUUCACUCCCUGUGUCAUGCAUACCUCACCUGCUCCUGCCCCAACCUUUGCUAAACUAAAAUCAUUGUGUCUGUUAAUACUGAUGAAAAUCAAUUUAUUUCCUUUCUUAAAACUACUGAAACACUAAUUUUUUAGGUCUUCCAGAAUCAAAUGAGGCUUAAUUAACCUUCUUUCUACCAGUUGCUAUCAGCUGUGGAUAGUCCUUUUGGAUUUUGAUUGCUUUAAAAUUGUUGGCAAAUAUACAUUUAUAUUUGACUUUAUCUUUCUUUAAAAUGUCACUGAUUUAGGAAUGAUAUGGUGGUUAAGAUUCUGCUUGGGGGCUGGUGCCAUGACUCAACAGGCUAAUCCUCCACCUGCGGCGCCAGAACACCAGGUUCUUGUCCCGGUCGGGGCGCCGGAUUCUGUCCCGGUUGCCCCUCUUCCAGGCCAGCUCUCUGCUAUGGCCCGGGAGUGCAGUGGAGGAUGGCCCAAGUGCUUGGGCCCUGCACCCCAUGGGAGACCAGGAGGAAGCACCUGGCUCCUGGCUUCGGAUCCACGCAGCGUGCCGUUUGCAGCAGCCAUUGGAGGGUGAACCAACAGAAAAGGAAGACCUUUCUCUCUGUCUCUCUCACUCUCGCUCUCGCUGUCCACUCUGCCUGUCAAAAAAAAAAAAAAAAAAAUUCUGCUUGGGAUACCUGCAUUCCAUAUCAGAUUGCCUGGUUUUGAGUAUCAGCCCUGUUUCUGAUUCCAGCUUCCUAUGAAUGUGCACCCUAAGAGGCAGCAGGUGAUGGCUUAAGUAUUUGGGUCCCUGACACCCACAUGAGAGACCCAGACUGAGUUCUUGGCUACUGCUUUCAGCUUGGACCAGUUCAGCAUGGCCCAACCCCAGCUGUUAUAGAAAUUUGGAGACUGAAUCAGCAGUUGGUCUCUCUCUUUUUCUCUCUCUCCUUGAAAUACAUUUUUUUAAAAAUCAACUCAACAUUUUCUUAGGAUGUCACUAUCUCAAUGAAUGAUCCAAUCAAUCAUAGCUCUGAUUUCAAGCAGUGAGGCAUGAAAGCCACAUGGAUGGAUGAAUGGAUGCAUAGAUGAAAGCACAGAUAUAAUACAAAUGUUAACCCAAAUUAAACCUAUUUUUAGUGUAGAGACCUUUGAGCGUGGUAACAAUGCUAUUUAAAAGUUUAUUUAUUGUAUUACUCUACAAUUUACCACAAACAUCAGAGUAAUGCUGUAUACAUUUUUCUCCAGAGAAAUGCAUAGUGGGAUAGGUAAAAUGCCAGAAAUAAUUAAACAAAAUUUUACAAUUUUGACAAUUGUGACACUAGUACAUAUUUGGAGGUGAAUAUUUGCUGUGAAAAUUUAAAAUCUCGUUUGAAUUCAGCUGAUUAUAAACAGCAUAAUUUUUCUUCAGUGUAAAGGUCCCAGAAUUCUUAAAGUAUUAUAUAAUGGGAAUAUAUGUCUUUGAAUGCUGAAAAGACUUUUUUCUAUAUUUAUCAAUCUGUACACACUUAUGUGUGCACCUGAAUAAUUACAAAUAAGAAACUAAUUUAGAUUGGCAAGAUAGACUUAAAAAUUGGUAAUGUAGUCCUCAGAAAAAGUUUGGGAACUUACCUCAACAAAGUGUUUUUUGAGAAAUGAUGUAAGCAUUAACUCAAAUUGCAGAGGAGAAAAAUGAAAUUAUAUUUAAAAUGUGUAAAUAAUUUUUGAACACUAAGAUAUCAUGCUUCCCAGGAGGAAGUAGCCUUUUCAUUCACUAACCAGUGCACAAUAUUUUCCAGGAUCCUCCAUUCAGCAGAAAUGCCGUGGCCAUUCCCUUUAUCCACAGGAACUGAAACACAAGAGACUACAUAGCUGAAGAAAUUGUAGUUUACUUACAGGUGAGAAACAUUCAAGGCUACCUGGUUUCCAAUUGAAGGAAAAUAAGCAACAGCUUUUCCACAGGGUAGACUGGAACAAGAGCAACAUGAACAUCACGAACUGUACUACAGAAGCCAGCAUGGCGGUGAGACCCAAGACUGUCACUGAGAAGAUGCUCAUUUGCAUGACUCUGGUGAUUAUCACCACCCUGACCAUGUUGCUGAACUCAGCCGUAAUCGUGGCCAUUUGUACCACCAAGAAGCUACACCAACCUGCAAACUACCUGAUCUGUUCUCUGGCCGUGACGGACCUCCUGGUGGCAGUGCUUGUCAUGCCCCUGAGCAUCAUGUACAUUGUCAUGGAGAGCUGGAAGCUUGGGUACUUCAUCUGUGAGGUGUGGCUGAGUGUUGACAUGACCUGCUGCACCUGCUCCAUCCUGCAUCUCUGUGUGAUUGCCCUGGACAGGUACUGGGCCAUCACCAAUGCUAUUGAAUAUGCCAGGAAGAGGACGGCCAAGAGGGCUGGACUGAUGAUCCUCACCGUCUGGACCAUCUCUGUCUUCAUCUCCAUGCCCCCUCUGUUCUGGAGAAGCCACCGCCAGCUCAGCCCACCUCCCAGUCAGUGCACCAUCCAGCACGACCAUGUCAUCUACACCAUCUACUCCACAUUCGGGGCAUUUUAUAUCCCUUUGACUUUGAUACUGAUUCUCUAUUACCGGAUUUACCAUGCAGCCAAGAGCCUUUACCAGAAAAGGGGAUCAAGCCGUCACUUGAGCAACAGAAGCACAGACAGUCAAAAUUCCUUUGCGAGUUGUAAGCUUACACAGACUUUCUGUGUGUCUGACUUCUCCACCUCAGACCCUACCACAGAGUUUGAAAAGAUCCACAGCUCCAUCAGGAUCCCUCCCUUCGACAACGAUCUCGACCACCCAGGAGAACGCCAGCAGAUCUCUAGCACCAGAGAGCGCAAGGCAGCACGCAUCCUGGGGCUGAUUUUAGGUGCAUUCAUUUUGUCCUGGCUGCCCUUUUUCAUCAAAGAGUUGAUUGUAGGUCUGAGCAUCUAUACCGUUUCCUCGGAAGUGGCGGAUUUUUUGACAUGGCUUGGCUAUGUUAAUUCUCUGAUCAACCCUCUGCUCUAUACGAGUUUUAAUGACGACUUUAAGCUGGCUUUUAAAAAGCUCAUUAGGUGCCGAGAGCAUACUUAGAUUCUAAAAAGCCAAAAGCAUGACUUUGGCCAGAUCCUCAUGAAUGGACAGGGGUGAGGGGUGCAACUUAUUAAUUCUUGAACUUACUUGGUUCGGGAGGAUUUGUAAGUAUGUGUGGUCUUUUUUUUUAUUUGUUUGUUUUGUUCUGUUUUGUCUGAGGCUUGUUAUUUGCUGUGCUGUUUUCUACCUCUGGUCUUAUUUGUGGCACAUAAUAUAAAAUAAACAUUAUCGUACAAAAACAGAAAUUUCUUAGAAGUAAUAAUAAGAUGAAAUAGUAUGUUUUUUAGCCAUUUCAAUUAACCCUGCAAUUAAAGAAUGCCCAAGAAAUCCUUAAUUGCAGAAUUUCUUGACUUAUUUAUCAAAUAUCUGAUAACUUGCCCAUGUGUGGCAUUAACACUGAGGUUAUAGCUCUAAAUGCACACACAUUCCAGUGGAGGUUGCAUGACUACAUAAAGAAUAAAAGGAAGGGAUAUCAUGUCAUCUACCACUUGCAGACCUGAGCUAAAGCUACUUACUGUAGCACUAUGUCUACAAAGCCUACUCCUUUCAGGAAAAAAUAGUAUUUCUGGCAUGUUCUUUUUAGUUCUUGAUUAAAUAAACAUCUUCAUUAUCUAAAAAAGAACUUGCAGUGAAUGCACUGGCAAUUUCCUACAUCUUUUAUUAUGAAUGUGAAGCAUAACCAAUUGAGAAAUUACCUAAAUCUGUUUUGAUCAGUGUGUUGCUAUAUUACCUGACAGACACAUUGGGCCAGCUCACAUUCUAAAAAAUAUUCCAUCUAAGCUUCGUUAUAUACUCUCUCACUAGCAGGAUUUUGGUGAGAGUACAUAUCAACUUUCGGGAACUUUUUUAAGAAGUGUAACACGAUACAGUGAUCAAACGAGGGACUACAUUAUCUGAAUAACUGUUGGAGAAUCUGGGAAGGAAUAAAAAGCUGAAAAUCUAUGCUUACAGCAAAGA